CGGGUAACUACUCUCAACUUUACUCGGCUGUUUUUGAAACCGGCCCAUAGUGCAUAAUCAACGCUCUUUGUAGUCGCACGUCAUGAGCAGCUUCCAUGCCAGAUGUGGUCGACCAAUAGCAAACACCCAGCACUGACGUCACUACCAGGCUUUCUUGAUAGUGGGGGAAUUGUGUGCCCAGCGUUGUGAAAAUGUUUAUGAUGUUAUGAUAAAACGUGGACGUUUGAGGCUACGUUUUAUCCAAACAAUGUAUAAAAGAAAUAUUUUAUAAAAUAGUAGAUAUUACACUGUACACUUAUAUUGUAUAAAAGGUCUUUGACAAAAAACUCCUACGAGCCUCUCGCAGCUUCAGCGACAACCAAGUGGAGCGCCACUAUAGCUUGCAAUGUCAUUCCAUGAGCAGACGCAGGAGAAUGACGAAGCAAAAGUUAUUGCUGGUGGAGGCAAGAUUUGCCAAGCUUCAGGCGUUCGUUGCAAGAAACUAUGCCGCCAGACGGAAAAAAAGAUAGCAAGAAAAACCAGGCUCCACUUUCCCCUGGACCUGUGCUAGACAUCAGCGAUGAUGAGUUGGUUUCCAUAUCGGUGCGCGACUUAAAUCGCCAGUUGAAGCUGCGUGGGCUCACGCGGGAAGAGAUCGUACGCAUGAAACAGCGGCGGCGAACGCUCAAGAAUAGAGGCUACGCCGCUAGUUGUCGAAUUAAACGAAUUGAACAAAAGGAUGAAUUGGAGAGUGAGAAAACUCAAGAAGUUCGUGAUAUGGAAGCUAUGCAAGAUGAAAAUACACGGAUGCGUGAGGAGGUGGAAGCCCUUCAUGUCAAGUAUGAAGCGUUAAAAAAGUUUGCAGCACUUCGGAAGAUUCCUAUUCCUGCAGAACUUGAAAACAUAUGAGAAAUAGUUCAGUUCAUGAAAUAUGGUCAUUGCAAAUAAAAUGUACUUUUCAGAGGAACUGAAUUUUAUUUUGUAUGUUACAUUAGCAUGUGGUUGCUAAUUUUGCAUUUACUUGACCUGCUUCUUGCAAUUUCUUUUGUAAAAACUUUGUUUUACAAAACAUUUUAACUUAAUGUAAUAAAAAUGAACAUUUUUGAAGUUAUGAACACUGAUUUGCUGUAAUAUUUGUUACACGGUAGUUACAAUACUUUCACAAUGUGAAUGAUUUUGCUUGGAAACUCAGUUAAAAAAAAUUGAUACGUUGAAUUUUUUACCUUCGUAUUUUAAUCUUCAAUUCAUAAUCUGCAAUCAUUUUCAGCUCUGUAGUCACUAUUGUUCAGUUGAUUUAGUUCAGAGGUGAGAACAUAUAAAAACUGUUCAGAAUUGGUAUUUUAAUAAUUAAUGUUUUUGGAAACUGUGAGUUCACAGGAAGAAGUGAUACAUUCUGUCUUGAAAUAUUGGAAUCUAUCCAGAAAAAUUAUUAUAGCCAUAUCAGCAUUAGGAAGUCCUUUCAUCAGUUAUUCACUCAUUGUCAUUGUCCCUUUUACUUUACCUGAUAUUAUUUUAACAUCGUGAAAUAUAUAGUAUCCUAUUUUUCACAACUAUGCAUUAUUAUGGAAGGAAAUUCCAAUAAAAUAACUGUUUUUUAUAA